AUGCUUGAUGAUAGUCCAAAACAUACUAAAGAAGUAGCUGAUUUAAUAAAGGAAAUCAUUGGUGAAUGUGAUGGAUAUAAAUAUAUUUUUGAUCACAAAUAUGAAGCUUUGAAAGGAGAUAAUAUUACAUUUUAUUAUAGAUGUUCUCAAAGUCAAAUAUUAGAAAAUAAAACUCGAAAAGGAAAAGAGAAACAAAGAGAUAAAGUGUCUAUAGAAAGAUUUUCUUGCAAUGGGUUAUUAAGAAUAAUAAUUAGUAAUCAUCAAAUUGCCGAUAUUAACUUAGUUCACAAAAUCUUACAUAUUCGUCCUAAUCGGUUUGAAAUGGAUUCAAGUACUAAGGAAUUUAUUCAACAAAACAUUAAUCAGACACCACAAAACAUAUAUUCACAAAUUGAACAAACUUGUCCAAACAUAACUCAAAAGCAG